AUGUCCACACAAUUACCAGAGACCACCACCAAAGCCAAGUCUCGGCGCUCUCUUCUUCCUCCGCUCAACUUUGCAUCCUCAUCUUCUUCCUCGGCAUCUUCUUCCUCCGCAUCCUCUUGCUCCAGCACAACCUCCUCUCAUCCAUCCCGACCUCCACCCAUGACUUCAGCUGCCCUCUCCUCCGCCGCUGAGCCGGACUACUUUGCCUCGAUCCACCUCCCGGACACAAAUCCACUUAAGCCUGCAGCGGUUCGAAUUGCCAGUCCCUUUGCACUUGCAAUGCCCCUCGUAUCUGCAUCAGGCGCUCGCCCCCCACCACGAGCCAACGGUCCUGGUGCUGCUGCUCAUGACGACUCGCAGGACGGCGAGCAACAUCCUUGGGCCAAACUGUUCCCUGAGGCUGGUAUGGCGACAGCACUCCCAGAUAGCUUCCCAAUCGGUCCUCUAGCUCUUCCGCCCACACCAACCGCAAAUCAUAGCUCGGUUACCAGCAAGAUGCAGCAGCAGGCUGGCUCACAAAACUCCAUACCCUCCGAUUUCAGGCGCAAUCUCAACCUACCCGCUAGACUCAAAGCCGGUCUCUCUUCCAACGCCUCUUUGCCCUUGCCUGCUUGUUCAUCUUCGAACAACAAAGCGAGUGCAUCGACAGAGGAUUUGUCCAAGUUUAAAGCAUUGGAUGUCGAUGGACUUGCAGAAGUGCUGUCGCCACCAUCAUGCAAGAUGCAGCGCAAAGCUUCACCAUUGGCUUCACCAUUGGCUUCACCAUUGGCUUCACCCUCGGCUUCGCAACCGGCCACACCCCAAGACGUUCUCGUGCUCGACAUUCGACCCUCCACUUCUUACUCGAUGGCUCGUGUUGCAUCCAGCAUUAACAUCUGUGCACCAAGCACGCUUCUCAAACGCCCUGCUAUCACCGUCGAACGCAUCGAAAACGAGAUGCUCGCCAACGUCAGCGAUCGUCGACAUUUCAUGCGAUGGCGCAAAGGUCCUCUCAAGCCAAAGCCAGAUGCUAAAGCUAGUCCCAAGGAUCAAGCCUCGUUGGAAGCCGUACGUAAGCGUGAUGCUACAAUCUGUUUGCCAGACGAGCCAGGUGUCAACAAGAUCAUUGUGCUCGAUACAGAUACUUGCCGCAUCGAUGGCACUGGCAAUGCUACAGCUGGCGGCGGUGGGCCUUGCCUUAUUGGUGUGCUCAAGAAGUUCGAAGCUGCUGGUUUUGCUGGUGAGCUCUGCUGGCUCGUUGGAGGCUUCAACAAGCUUGCCCGCUCCAACAAGGCUCAACAGUUUAUCGACACUGGUGCUCCCCAAAAGGGCGCCGACAUUGCAAUCAGUGGCCAUGAUCAGACGCCAAGCCAGAGUCGGCAGAAUAGCAAGCCACCGACCCUCAAACUGAACGGUGUCGUUGCCACUCCUUCAUUCGAAAGCCCGGCUUCGAGCUACGAUCAACGCAAGUCCCUUGUUCAGCCUCGUGGUCUUCCUAUGGAGGCAUUCAACUCGCACAGUACCAUCCCAGGAUGGAUGGGCCAGAAUGGUACUUCACCAGCCAACGACCUUUCUCAGCGGGACUCGGGCGAGCACUUCCAGUUCAACUUGGCCGUUCGUCAGCAGGACGAGAGCCGCAACGGCAGCAACGCUCAGCAUGGCGCUCAAGCAGGCGGACAAAACCGAUCUUCGGCCAACUGUGCUAACCCCUUCUUUGACAACAUUCGUCAGAAUCGUGAACUUCAGCACGGCAUCACGGAGAAGAUCCCCAUGGACCUGCCCCAGAUGAGCGAAUUGCAGGUGCAGCAGUUGCCGCCCUUCUUGCAGAAGCUGGUAAACAUGCCCGAUGCUGAUCGCGCACUCGCACUUGCUCAAGCCUUCUUCGAUAUUGAAAAGGCAGAGCAGAACCGUCUCAUCGCGACCAUGCAGCAGCAUUCCGCAGAGUCUGAGCAGGAUCCUCGCUCCAAGGACUUUGCCAGUGCUCAAGCAGCUGCAUUGCAGAAGCGGUCUUCAGCACAGACUGGGCGCUAUCUUGACCCCAACUCGCAUGUGUUCCCAUUCAGCAUCGCCGCAGCUCUCGAACGAGGUGCUGACAACCGAUAUAACAACAUCUGGACUUAUGAGCACAGCCGUGUUCGUCUUUCCAAGCCGCAAUCAACACACGAUCCCGGUUCGGACUACAUCAACGGCUCCCAUGUUCAGCCUUCUCGUCGGUUGGGUACCAAGCGUCGUUACAUUGCAACGCAAGCACCUUUGCCGAGUACAUUCGAUGCAUUCUGGACAGCCGUAUGGGAGCAGAAUAGUCACGUCAUUGUGAUGCUCACUCGUGAACACGAGAGUGGACGACUGCAGAGCCACCCUUACUGGCUCAAGUCCGAGUUUGGCGACUCGAUCCGUCUCACCAAGCUGGAAGAAGUCGUGCUCAAUGAGGCUGGUCAACAGAUGCGCCCAGAGCAGUGCGAUGGCCUGCUCAACAACGAGUCGCACGACGGUGGAACCUUGUUCCCCACCAUGCCCUCGCAGCCUUCCAGCCAGCAAAAGCAGGGUGUAGAUGCGUCGGACAAGAAACGCGAGCCUACAACGGUACGCAGGACCUUGUUGCUCCAGAAUCUGUCCGAACCUCAAUCCGCACCUCGAAGAAUCGUUCAGCUGCAGUAUAUCGCUUGGCCCGACUACCACAUCCCGGAGACGCCCGAAUCGUUGCUGACGCUAAUGGACAUUGCCGAUGGAGCACAGAACUCGGCUGAUGCCGAGCUGCAGAGUUCGGUGUCACGAGGUCGGGGUGUGCCUGCUGCUGGACCUAUGGUGGUGCAUUGUUCUGCUGGUGUAGGUAGAACGGGAGCCUUCAUUGUGAUUGAUGCUGCGCUUGAUGUGCUUCGUCGGGCCAGGAGGAGGCAGAAGUUGGGUCCCAGCAGCAACGGCAGUAGUGCUGAGCCUGCGACAUGGGAGAACAACAUUGUCUCGGUUACAGCUACAGGUAAUAGCAGCAACGGUAUUGGCGGCAACUCACCUAUGGCGGAUGUUGGAACCCGAGAGGUAGAUAUGGCACCAGUCUCGUCCCCACUUGGCGAUCGAUUCCCACGCACACCACGACGCAGCCUCAAACGUGAACUCUCACCUACAAGCAUGGAUAUCGAUUCUGGCAGUAACCCAGGUUCUGGCAGUGGCAGUUUCGGUCGUGACCUAAGCUCGCCAUCAUCCAUGUUCCGUUCUCGAUCCAAUGAGAGUGGAAGUGGUUUGGAUGCAGCUAGCAAUCCCAGCAGCAGUGUUUCUAGCACCGGUAGCUCCCCUUUCCCGAGCAAGGAUACACCUAUGCGCACGAGUCAAUCCAUGCAGCAGCAGCAAACAACGGCGGAAGGUGGCUUUACGAAUCCUUUUACAAUAGCUACUUUCCGGUUCAAUCCUACAGCUGCUGCUAGAGUUGAUGGAGUGGGUGGGAACAAUCAAGGUUCUCCCACGAGGCACCAAGGUCAGGGGAGCAGUACUGGCUCUGGCGCGACGGAUCCCGCUUUCGCCCCUACUAGAGGUCAGACGCUGAAAUUAGGUGGACAAGAUGGCGCAUGGAGACAAGCCUCUUCUCCCUUUUCCGAGGUUUCUACGCCUUCGCGGCAGGAUGGUGGAUCUGCUCGAUCUUCAUUCUCCAGUGCUGCUGGGACAGGAUUACAUUCUCGAUUCUCCUCCUCCAAUGGUUUAUCUCCCACUGGAGCAGGAGAGCGAUCCAUAGAGGAAGCACUCAUGUCAGCUAUGAACCCGUUCGAUUUCGCCAUUUCCCCACAGAGCGAGACCCGCUCUAGCGACAUUCCACCCAACGCAGCGACAGCGGGGGAUAUAUCAACCAUCACGGGCAGUAACGAACCCACACCGUUCGACGCCGCCUCUUCUUGCUCCGCCGAUGUAUUCUUCUCGCGCCACGAAGGGUCCGAGGGAGUGUCUGCUUCCAACUCAGCCAAUUCCACCUUAGCCAAUUCCACCUCAUCCGCUUCAGCUGAACCACAUACUCGCAACACUUGGAUCCAUUGCACUCGCGCGAACAGCAACAGCCACGGGGAAGGGCAGAUGCUGGAAGCUCGCAACCAUUCACAGCUGAGCGUUGCGGAGGGCGGAGCGGUAGAGCAAGUGUUGGAGAAGGGAGAAGAUGUGAUCAAGGCGAUAGUUGAGGGUGUCAGAGAACAGAGAAUGUCGUUGAUUCAGACAGGAAGGCAGUUUGUCUUUGUCUAUAGUGCCGUGCUGGCUGGUUUGUUGCGCGAUUUGAGGUCGGAGGGGGUCAACUAG